AUGGUGUCGUACAGUGCAGUUCAAAACUUCACCAGAAAUGUGCACACUGCUCAUGGACUAAUUGGUUUGGGAGAAGAAGAAUCGUUUCUUGAUUCUUACAAUGAUGUAAUAGACCAAUACAACAUGAUAGCAGAGGCAGAUGAGGAUGAAGAUGAAGGGGUUUGUGCAGUUGUCAGAAUCAGAAUAGAGCAAGAAAUUGCGUUGACCAGAGAUUCCUUUCUGGCUAGACUGGAGAUUGAGAACAUGGAAGCUACAGAAUUACGGAGAAUUCAAAUGGCCUUUCUCAUUACCGAUGUUGGCUCAGGAGCAGUGUCCACUCAACUCUUUGUCAUAGGAAAUGAGACACUGACUGGAACUCUGAGAGACGGAGAUGGAGGAUGGAUCCUGGCCAGCAGUGAGUCAGGAGCUGCUGAAUGGCUCAUUGUCCCCCUGUCUGAGGCUGCCCCUACCGAAAACAGAAAUUAUGACAUUGGAGGGUCAUUUUCAUACGUCUCAAGUGGAGAGAACAUCACAAUCCCACUCCUGCCCACUAGAAUCACGGUAGCCCCAGACCCUCACUCAUCAUCCACUACUUUUGGGAGAAGUUUGUGA